AAGAGCUUGCCGAUAAUUCAUCCAUCUCCCUCGUAAAUUCUGGACGUAGGCCGAUUGACAACAAAAAGCUCUAUCCUACGGAGCAUUGUUUUCCUAGAUGUUUCGUUGUAAAUAAGUAUUGUGAACGGAGAGCCUGUAUUUGUGACUAACACGGUGGAGGAUAAAAUAUGAAGAGGCGAAAUGCCGAAUCAGGCAAGCGGCGCCCCAUAAAGCGCAACAAAAUCGGCGAAGGAAUGUAUGCAAAUUCUCUGUUGUACCUGAAAUUUGUGAUGUUGUGGGCUACAGUAAUUAUGGCAGAUUACAUGCUUGAAUUCAGAUUUGAGUUUCUGUGGCCAUUCUGGAUGAUGCUGAAAUCUGUUUAUGAUUCGUUUAAAUAUCAUGGAGUCGCAUUCUCGGUGUUUUUCAUUUGUAUAGCCUUGAUGUCUGACUUGUUAUGUUUCUUCUUCAUACCACUACAAUAUAUAUUAUUCGCUGCCGGUACCUAUGUGUGGGUACAAUAUGUGUGGUACACAUUCGGCGACAAGGGCAUCUGCCUGCCGACAGUGGCACUGUGCUGCCUCGUGGUGUACGCCGAGGGUGCCGUGCGCGUGCGCGCCGGCUCGCUGGAGCUGUGGCGCCCGCUCGCCGCGCACUGUCUGGGCUACCCCGCGCUGUCGCUGGGCUUCGGCGUCAAGGCAUAUGUUGGGCAGCGAUUAAGAUUAAGGAGACAACGGCAAGUGCGUGCCGAGAAUGAGUUCUACUUCCAGCUCCUGCGGGACGCCUUGCCGGAGAGUGCGCUCAUUGAACAGAAUAUGCAGAGCAGUAAAGAGACCGAGUGUAAAAGCGGCGAAUUCACGCAAACGCAAACACAGACACAGAGCGACGCGCGGCACAUGAACGGCUCCGUGCGGCGGCGGUGCGCGCGCGACCACAACGGCGUGUGUGUGGCCGACCACGCCUUACACGUUAAGUUAGAAAAGUUAGAGAAGCAUGUAGCACAGCAGACACGGGACAAGGCGACAGCCAACACGCAAGCGAGUACGCAAGCGAACACGCAAGCGAGCACGCAGUCGAGCACGCAGACGAGUGGUCCGGCGAGCACGCAGGCGGGCGCGCACUCGCUCAGCAACGGCGCGGCCAGCGGGCCCGGCGCGCCCGACGACGACGAGCGCCCCGACCUCGGCAAAGGAAGUGGUAAAUCCACGAAGUGCGAAAAGAAAGAGGCUAGUUCUGUGAGAGAAGAGAAGAAGAAACAUAAGAAUAGAGAAAAGGAUAAAGAUAGCAGUGAUAGUCAUAAGAGUACAGAAACAAAAGAAAUAUUAGUUAAAGAAAAAGAAGUAGAAAGUACAAAAGAAUAUGUAAAGAGUAAUAAAGAUAGUAAUAGUCAUAAAGAGAGAGAGAAAGAAAAAGAGAGGAGAGAAGAAAGGGAGAGGGAAAAUAGGGAGCGGGACAGAGAACGCGAACUGAGAGAAAAGGAAUCGCGUUCGUGCCGAGAGCUGGCGGAGGAGCUGCGGCGUGCGCGCGCGGAGCUGGCGGCGGCGCGCGCGGCCGAGCACGACGCGCGGCGCCGCGCGCUGCUGCAGCACAGGUGCGCGCCGCCCGCCCCGCCCCACCGCGCCCCACCGCGCCCCACCGCGCUAACCGUGUCUUGUGUCGGCAGCGAGCGCGGAGCGCUGGAGCGGCGCCUGAGCGACGAGAGGCGCGCGCGCGCCGCGGCCGAGCACCAGCUGCUGCGCGCCAGGCACACGCCGCGACCGACCACCGCCGAGUGCGAGAGCGAGUGGUGCCGCUCGCGCCGCACGGCGCAGGAGGCGGAGACGGGCGCGCUGCGACGCGAGCUGCAGAAGACGCGCGAGCGAGCCGCGCAGCUGCAGCGCGACCUGGCCUGCGCCUCGGAACAGGUGCGGACGCUGGAGACGCGCGCGUCUCGCGAGGAGAGUGGCGGCGGCGCGCGGCUGGCGGGCGCUUGCGCAGCGCUGCAGGAGCGCGCCGCGCACCUGGAGCGCUCGCUGUCCGCAGAGACGCGCGUCAAGCUGGACCUGCUGUCCGCUCUGGGGGACGCCAAGCGUCACAUGCACAUACAGGAGGGUCUAAUAUCGAGACAAGAGAAAGAGAUAGAAGAACUGAAAGCUCAAAUGCUGGCUGUGAUGCCGACGGAGUUCGUGACGCCGGUGAGCGGCAGCGUGUCCAAGCUGCGGCUGUCCGACGGCUCGCCGCUCGACCCCAACGCAUCCGUCUACACGCCCAAGCAGCUGUGCUCCGACGCCUGAGCCAGAAGCCCUGAGCGCUCAGUCCGUGAAGCUCGGCGCUGAGCGCUCAGCGCGACCGAGGUACGCCGAGCGACCCGCCUUCCGACCGUACCGAUCUUUGUAUGGCCGUUAUUGAUCUCAAUAUAUUUUUUCGUUUUUUAAUCGAAGUCGGCGUUAAGUAUUCUUACUUUGUUACUUAAAUAAAACUGUCCAUAGAAAUAUCAUUAUGGCCAUCGGAUACGUUACGAGUGUUAGUUUUGUAACCGUCGUAAGUGGAAUCAGAGCGUUUAUUUUUUCAUCAUUGAAAUAUUUGGAUUAUCUUCUGUACCUUGAUAUGGCUGUGGUUGAUAAAAUUAUUCAAAAUUACAUUCGAUCCAAUAUUAAGUACAAACACGCAUAAUAAUCGCUCGCCAUAUGACUUUGAUAUUUGUUACUAUUAUUACAUAGGUUUAUGUUUAAACUUUUUACUCUCAAAGUUUCAUCACAAAGUUUUAAUUAUAAUUCGAUUAAUGUUGUAAUAAUUUUAUCAAUCAAAGGCAGUCGUUCCACGCAUGUAGCUGCUGCAUACAGACGGCGUUGUUUUGAAUUUAUGUGAUAUAUUGUACAAAAAUGAGAUUUGGUUGUCUUCUCCUUGUAUAAAUUUAGUAUAUUGACGUUUUAGUCCAAUUGUCGUGUUAUGCGUAGCAUCCCGGUUUUAAAUAUAACUUCUUCAUAUUGCAACCCUAAAUUAUCUUUAUUCAGUGUUGCUAUAUAAUAAAAGUAAAGAUUUGUUUAAUUAGUGUUGUGAAAAAAGACCUGAUAACUUGGAAUUAAGAGGGAAUGAAUCUGUCAAAAUAUGAUAAAAAAAUAAAUAUAUUUUUGUAUUUGUGUUAUAUUAUCUGUUUAAAUUAUAAAACAAUCGAGCUUAGUCGCAUAGGAAAAUUUGGGGAUGCUACGCUGAUUUUUCUUGUUGAAUAUAAAAUUAAUUUAAAAAAAAAUGGCGGACACGCAACUUGAUUGUUGUAAAACCAUGACAUGAUUGUUUGUUGAAAUUUUGAGUGAAUCCUAAAGGGCAGUGGAAUGUUCUAAACAGAAUGCAUGCAACUUUAGUCUACUUCCACAAUAUGUGCGCGAAAAACAUAAAAAAAAUCAUAUGUCAAAUAAUACCACUUUUUGAUAAUAUAAAUGGUUAUGUUAACCAAAGUUGCAUGCAUUUUUUUAUAAAAAGAUAGUGAAAAUGAAAAGUAGAAUAGUUUACGGAUUCUUGUAAAAUUAUCAUCAAUGUCGCUGCUACCCAUUUACACUUUACCGGCGGAUGUGAGUAAAGAUAGCAACAGUGUGCAAGCGAGAGUUCAAAAGAGGCUACACAAUUUUUAAUCCUAUUAUUCAUCUGCAACUUAUUUAAAGUAAACUUUUUAUUAUGCUUAACAGUUUUACAACAAAGCAGUCAAGUUUCAAUUCGAUAAUAUAUAGGUGAAAAUAAAUGUUUACUAUUUUCACAUUCACUCAUAUUCUGAUUAAAAAAUAUAAUUCAUUAGACAAGAAUCCGUAAAAUUAUUUAUAUGAGAACCUGUUUUCCAUAGUAUAAUUAUACUAGCUCAUUUAUUUGCCCAAAUUUAUUAAAUUAUACUAAUGAGAAAUUGUCGUUAAAGUUGUUUUCAUGGCAGGCCUUAGAUUUUUUGUCUUUGCUUCAAAUCUUGUAUCAACAAGAAACAAUUGAUUAUUUCUGUAAUUAAAAAUAAACUAAAUUAUAUUGAUAUUUAUCAUAAAUAUCAUUUUUGUUUUUAAUAAUGUUGAUACGUUACUAAAAGCUUGUGGUUAGUUUUACAUUAAAACAAAUGCUUCCUUUAUUCAGUAAUCCCUUUGCUUCCAAUUUUAUAAAAACUAUUGCAUUUAUAUAGUACAAUGUUUGUCUUUUUUUACAUUGAAAUUGUAACCGUCAAGUGAAAAGUUAAUCUACGUAAGGUUAUAAAAAAGUUCAAGAAUAUAUGCCACUGUUCAGUGUUGCCUAUUAACAAAAUGUAAGUUUAAGUUUUAAUAUUUUUUUUGUCGUAAAACGUGUCAUGUGAUUGGUAUAAUUUUAAGAAAAAGUGUGUGUAUGUAAAAUGUUUUGAAUAAUACCUAUUCUUAUGUUCAAUGCGUCGACGUGAAUAUCAUCGUCAAUUUUUAUAUCCUGUUAUCUGACGCUUAUGUUUACUAGAACAAAUAUAAUAAGGGAAAUAACGCACAUUGGAUAUAUCGGUCUGUAAAUGUAUUUUUCGAGAUUGUGACAUUACUCUAGUCUUAAUUAAGCCGGAUUACACCGUGGCGUGUCUAUGUGCCAUAAGUGAUACAAAUGUGUACACCGGCUUUAACGUUAUUUAUACCCUAAGUUUUUUUUAAGUUUAGGUUUUUUUAAAUCAUCAGAUGCGCACUGCCCUCGAAGUCAGACUUUCGGUUUUUUUUUUUAAUAGCAAAACGCUAAACCUUUUGGACUUUAUGUACUUAAACAAAUAUAUUUUGUUGUGAUUUGUCCGAGAUUUCCAAGUAAGUGAGAGCAGUACAGGCACCGUAUAACAUUUAUGGACAAUUCGACUUGGAUACGGAGACAUGGAGCUGUAACAAUUGGUACAAGCAAGAUCUGAAUUUUCACUAGUGAAACGUAAGCGAUGUUUGUUUGUAUUAUAAACGGAUACUGUAACAGCAAUAAAAAAAAUCAGACAUGC